AUGUGGUGUCUGCUGCAAAGUGACGAACCGCCAACUAGAAUAUUCCAUGCAGCCCAUUUUCCGGGAUUCCACCCCUCCUUCUCAAUUCUCGUCGUCAAGAAUUCUCCGAGUCUUGUAGCUAUCAUUCUAUCUGCCCCCGAAGACCAGCAAAUCCGCGACGCUAUCCGUCAGCAAUGGGCGUCCGCAAAUUAUUCCCAGAAAGUUCAAGACGGAGACGUAGAAGUGAUGUUCGUUCUUUCACAACCAUUACGCGGUUACGAAAUGGACUCCGUGGCCAAGGAAGCACAAAUUCACGGCGAUCUCAUCGUGACAAAUCUCGCAGAAACUUACGAGAAUUUGUUGUAUAAGGUAGUUCCCCAAUUUCCACAAAUGUAUUGCAAAACUUGGGUGCGGUCGAUGCCAAAACGGGAUGCUAGUAGUAAAUGGUUUGUUGCUGGCUCGCAGUGGAAACGAAAAUAUUUCCCGACAUAUUGUGACGGCCCGGCCUAUGUACUAUCCGCAAAUGCGGUACCAGGAAUGUUAGAAGCCAUCUCCGAAUUCCCACCAAUUUUUAUCGAAGACGUCUUCUACACGGGAGUUGUGGCGGAACGACUGAGAAUCCGAAGAAAUCCGCUCGAUCGCGUUUUUCACCAUACGCGAAGGAGCCUUGAACGAACCCAAGUUGCGUGUAGUGGAAAAGGACUACCACUUCUUGCUACAGUACAUCCCGUGAAAGGAGCUGAGAAAAUAGCUGCAUCAAUGACCAUCACCAAGUUAACGCCAGGUAAUCAACAAAAAUUAGUUGAACUUCGUCGUCUCGUUAAGAACCAUCUCACCGAAUACUAUGAUACAGAUUUCAAUCUCUUACGCUGGCUCCAAGGACAUGAUAAAUUGGAAGUCGAGGAAAUUUCCCGGAAAUUGAUCCAUCAUUUAGAAAUGAGAAAAUGCCAUUGGAACUUGGACCUGAUGCAUGCACAAUCAGAAAAACACCCCAUAAAUAAUUAUUGGGUCAACGGUGUCACAUGUCUAGCUGGCGAAAAACUGCCAAAUACCAUCGUUUUUGUGGAGCAGUGUGGAAAAACUGACUAUUACGGAAUGCUGCAAAACAACAGCUUGUCCGAAGUUAUGAAGGCGCGGUUGCCAAUUCUAGAAGAUAUGCUCCAUCGAUGUCAACAAGCCUCUAUUCUAUUCGUGAUGGAUUUGACGGACAUAAAGUAUGAUAAAAAGCUGUACGAUCUUGUGACCGGAAAAAUGAAGGAAUUGGCCGAGUUUAUGGCAGAUCAUUACGUAGAAAUGGUGAAGUAUUUUGUUGUCGUAAACGUGCCAGCCUUUAUUUGGAUGCUAUGGACAGCAGUAAAGCCAUUACUGCCGGAAAGGACAAAGAACAAGGUCCGGCUUUUAUCGUCAGAUUGGAGACAAGAAAUCCUGGAACUCUGCAAUGAGAAAGCCUGUCCGGAUUAUUGGAGCAAUUCUCAACACAAAUUUUACGCCUCGAUCCCCACUCCCUUAAAAUUUGAUGAAAUGCCGAACAGAUCGAUUGAGGAACAAAAACUAUUAGAACAGGAUGCCGAUCUAGAAGAAGCUUCAAUUCUACCUGGCAGAAACCUAAUAAUCAGAAUAGAAUGUCGGAAAGGUGAUAGGCUGUCAUAUUGGAUCACCGCCAAUCGAUGUCUUGGUUUUGGAAUUUUCCAAGCUACCGAAGGGGAAACGCUAGACGAGUUAUACAAG